UCGGCUGGCGUAGGACGCGCUCUCCACUUCUCUCUCUCUCGCUCUCUCCACCGCGAUUCUCCACUUGCGAAAGCGUAGAAGCGCGCCAAAAAAGCGCGCGCAAAAACAAAAAGCCAACUAACGGGACAAAAGUCGCGCGCGACUCGUAAGCUUGUUUACUUUGCCAUUAUAAAUCCGGCGGGCGCUUUGUUUGUGUUUGUGUUGAUGUUGCAAUACCAACAGCAGGAAAACUCGCAGCGAUUAGCCAUAAACGAUAUCCGAGGAAGAAUAAUCAAGAAGCGAUCAGCAGGCCGAGCAAUCUGCUUAAAAUGCUGAAAAUGCAGCUGCAGUUGAGCAGUCAUAAUGGUAAUUUACCACCCCGACCCCUCCGUCAGCAACCAAAACUGGCUUAUCAUCAUCGGGAGCAACAGCAAAAACAAAAACAAGUGCUCCAAGGACGUUCGCCGGCGUUGUUGCCAGUGAUGCUGCUCCUCCUGAUGGCCACGCUCCUCACGCGCCCACUUAGCGCCUUCUCCAACCGAUUGUCGGACACGAAGCUGCACGAGAUCUACUUGGACGAUAAGGAGAUCAAGUUGAGUUGGAUGGUGGACUGGUACAAGCAGGAGGUGCUCUUCCAUUUGCAGAAUGCAUUCAACGAGCAGCACCGGUGGUUCUAUCUGGGAUUCUCGAAACGCGGUGGCCUGGCGGAUGCGGAUAUUUGUUUUUUUGAGAACCAGAAUGGGUUCUUCAACGCGGUGACCGACACGUACACAAGUCCGGAUGGACGGUGGGUAAGGCGGGACUACCAGCAGGAUUGCGAGGUCUUCAAGAUGGACGAGUUUACGCUGGCCUUCAGACGCAAGUUCGACACCUGCGAUCCCCUAGAUCUGCGACUACAUGAGGGCACCAUGUACGUGGUCUGGGCCCGUGGUGAAACGGAGCUGGCUCUGGAGGAUCACCAGUUUGCCCUGCCCAAUGUGACGGCUCCGCAUGAGGCGGGUGUUAAGAUGCUGCAGUUACUCCGGGCCGACAAGAUACUCAUACCCGAAACUGAACUGGACCACUUGGAGAUCACGCUGCAGGAGGCACCCAUUCCCGCCCAGGAGACGACCUACUGGUGUCACGUCCAGCGUCUGGAGGGCGAUCUCCGGCGGCGGCACCACAUCGUCCAGUUUGAGCCGCUCAUCCGGACACCGGGCAUCGUUCACCACAUGGAGGUGUUCCACUGCGAGGCCGAGGAGCACGUGGAGAUCCCCCUGUACAACGGCGACUGUGAGCAGAUGCCGCCGCCGGUGAAGGUCUGCUCCAAGGUGAUGGUGCUGUGGGCCAUGGGCGCCGGCACCUUCACCUAUCCCCCGGAGGCCGGCCUGCCCAUCGGUGGACCCGGCUUCAAUCCCUACGUCCGGCUGGAGGUUCACUUCAAUAAUCCAGAGAAGCAGGCUGGUUUGGUGGAUAACUCGGGUUUUCGCAUCAAAAUGUCGAAGACCCUGCGACAAUACGAUGCCGCCGUAAUGGAACUGGGCCUGGAGUAUACGGACAAGAUGGCCAUUCCACCGGGCCAGACCGCUUUCCCGCUGAGCGGCUACUGUGUGGCGGAUUGCACCCGGGCCGCUCUGCCGGCGACGGGCAUCAUCAUCUUCGGAUCGCAGCUGCACACCCACCUGCGAGGAGUGCGCGUCCUCACCCGGCACUUCCGCGGGGAGCAGGAGCUGCGGGAGAUCAACCGGGAUGACUUCUACUCGAACCACUUCCAGGAGAUGCGCACCCUGCACUACAAGCCGCGUGUCCUGCCGGGCGACGCCUUGGUGACCACUUGCUACUACAAUACGAAGGAUGACAAGACCGCCGCUCUCGGGGGAUUCUCCAUCAGCGACGAGAUGUGCGUCAACUACAUCCACUACUAUCCGGCCACCAAACUGGAGGUCUGCAAGAGUUCCGUUUCCGAGGAGACGCUGGAGAACUACUUUAUUUACAUGAAGCGCACGGAGCACCAGCACGGAGUGCACCUGAAUGGGGCCAGGUCGUCCAACUACCGGAGCAUCGAGUGGACCCAGCCCCGGAUCGACCAGCUGUACACCAUGUACAUGCAGGAGCCGCUGAGCAUGCAGUGCAACAGGUCGGAUGGCACCCGCUUCGGGGGGCGGGACAGCUGGGAGGGCGUGGCAGCGACGCCCGUGCAAAUCCGCAUACCCAUCCACCGCAAGUUGUGCCCCAACUACAAUCCGCUGUGGCUGAAGCCGCUGGAGAAGGGCGAGUGCGAUUUGCUGGGGGAGUGCAUCUAUUAGGCAUUAGGCAUUAGGCGGAGGGCGUAAUCGCCUUGGCUGGCAUGGGGGCGUGGCAUAGCACAAGCACACACACACACACACACAGAACACACCCAUACACCUGCAAAAGAAAUGGUUUAUACGGAGAUUUUGAAUUCAACAGUCGUAGUUCCAUAGCCAAACAAUUUUUACAGUUUAUUAUUAUGAUUAUUAUAAUGUAUAAUGCUACGUUUUUAGCAAACUCUUAUUUAAGCUUUAGUUUGAUUUGAAUUAAUUUUUUAAAAGGAUGAGUUUUGAAAUUAAAUUCAGCUAUUGAAAUCAAAACAAUCUUUUCUUCACUGAAAGUAUUUUAGUUUUUCU